CAAAAACUGUCCUGAGCCCUAAGGAGACAAGUAAAACUUUGAACAAAAUUCAAGACUGGAGGAGUAAGUUGGUGGUUCCUACUGGGACUACAGCUAUGGAGGAGCAUGGGAAUGUGAAGAAAUCCGAACUUGGUCAUAGAAAGUUAUGUAGUGACACUCGAACAGCCUCAUGCGAUUCCACGAAUGAGGAGGACUUUGUAGUGCUGGACAAUGAUGGGACCUGGAUGACAUCUGAUGGGAAACAUACAUUAGCCUCAGGGAAAAGACAAAUACAGGGUCUCUUCAUAAAAAAAGAGUUGAGGAAGACGCUUCUGCAUUUGACGAUAACUUUCCACGACCUUCCAGGCAUGCCUGUGAAGAAAAAGGUAAUGAGAAGAAAAGCAGGAGAAGAUCUGACUCCCUUUCACUCAUAAACAACAGUGAGGAAGCUCAAGCUGAGGGUUCAGCCGAAGUCUGUUUUGAGAGUGAAAAGGGGGAACAUUUGGCUGAAGUGACAGGCAGCAGGUGCCGGCUAAAAGGAGCCGGUCAUGUUGGAGUCGUUGCCCAGACUGAGACAACUGGGAGUGGAAGAGCAGAGAGGGAGCAAAACCAAAAUUACCAAAGCAAGGAGAAAGCUUUUACUAACAGUAAUAAGGAGCAACUGUUAUCACAAAACAACAGCGUCUCAGCGGAAAGAUUUCGAAAGACCACCGAUGAUUUAGAAGAAGGCCAGUUUAUUGCACAGGAGGAGCCGGGUGGAAGGAGAGAUAUGAAGUCAAAAGGGGAUCAUUCUUUAAGAGAAUCAGAAAGUCAAUAUAAGAAAAGCCAUGAUUUAGGAUUUAAUCCACAAAAAACCCAUGUGGAUCAGUCCCAUCAGAGCAGGUUUUCUGAUGCUGUCUCUAAGAGGGCCAAAGCAGGUAGUUUGUGUACCAAGAAAGAGCCAAACAAUCCAUUAUUUUCAGAGGAACAAUGCAAUUUAAUCCCUCGUCCUCUGCCAGACAAUGACGGUUUUGAGGAAAAGAUACAGGUUGCAACCUUAAAGAAGGAGAGACAGCUUAUUUGUUUUUCUGCCGUCAUCACACCGCCACCUUUGACUCAUAUGAUGCCUAAGAGAGAAACUUCAAAGGAAACCCAAUUUGAUACAAGUAUGGUAAAUUCACAGAUGGCUAAAGAUGCAAACAUUGACUCCAAAGAUGAAUAUGUACCAAAAGAAAAGUCCAAAGUUAAAGGUCCACCUCCGCCUGUCCCCAAAAAACCUAAAAACCCAUUCAUAAAGCUCAAAACUGCACAGUUAAGGUCUACUGAUGGGCAAAGGAGAGGCAAAGAUCAUCUGCAUUCUGGGGAGAGGGUCAAGAGGAGACACACUUUUGAUUUUAACAAUCUUCCGUGCUACACUUCAACUAAUCAGGACAUGUGCUUGCUGUGGGAUGAGAAGGGCACUUACACAGUGCCAACUAAUGUACGGCGGCUCUCUGUCGACCUCAGCCCAUGGGAGAACCUUUCGUUAGGACAAAUGGACGAGCAGUACGGGGACAUGGUCGACUUUGAAUACUGUGAUCGUAUGGCAAAACUGUCACCCGAUGAAGAGCUGCCAAACCUGGACAUGUUGGAGAGAAGAGUAUUCCUGGAGAGACGAUCCAGAUUUAAAAGCUCGGUUCCUCCUGUUGCCAACAAGCCCCCCAAUCGGUGUACUUCAACAGAGACUCUUAACACACUCGACAGGCCAUCACACAAUGAAAUCCAAAGACAAAAUCAUGCUAAUUCAAGGAAAAGAGAAAUCUACCCUGAGUUCCCAUCUGAGAGAGCCAACGAGGAAAACCAUGAUAGGCGUAGAGACAGCCACAGUAGUGAUAGGAAUGCAGGAAGUGGCAGUGAGGUGGGAUCUUACAAACCUGUAGCUGAAAUCAUCAAAGAAAAAAAUCAAAUGCAGAGAAAUCCGGCCAGGGUCAAACCUGAAGCGGCCAGGGCUCCUGUUCGGGUGGCAGAAGAGGGUCCAAGUGUGAAAGUAUCCCAAAUUAAGAAUACCUUUGAUGUCCCAAAGAAAACCAAAGAGAGGCCACCAGAAGUUCAAACCCCUCCGAAGAAAGAUAUGUUGCGGCGAGUUGUGCGACAGAGCAAGUUCCGUCAUGUCUUUGGUCAAGCCGUGAGGAACGACCAGUGCUACGAUGACAUUCGUGUGUCCAGGGUCACCUGGGACAGCUCGUUCUGUGCCGUCAACCCCAAGUUUGUUGCCAUCAUCAUAGACGCAAGCGGGGGAGGAGCCUUUCUUGUACUCCCUUUACAAAAAUCUGGCCGUAUAGACAAGUCCUACCCUACAGUAUGCGGUCACACAGGCCCAGUGCUGGACAUCGACUGGUGUCCUCAUAAUGACCAUGUCAUCGCUAGCGGCUCGGAGGACUGCACAGUCAUGGUGUGGCAGAUCACUGAGAACGGACUCGAGACCCCCCUCUCUCAGCCGGUGGUCGUGUUAGAGGGCCACUCCAAGAGGGUGGGCAUCGUGUCUUGGCAUCCAAACGCUCGCAACGUUCUCCUCAGUGCAGGUUGUGACAACCAGAUCAUCAUUUGGAAUGUGGGCACGGGAGAGGCCAUGAUCAACCUGGAGGACAUGCACCCUGAUGUUAUCUUUAGUGUCAGCUGGAGCCGCAAUGGCAACCUGCUCUGCACCGCCUGCAAGGACAAAAAGGUCCGCGUCAUCGACCCCCGUAAAAAAAAGGUUGUCGCGGAGAAGGACAAAGCUCAUGAAGGAGCUCGACCAAUGAGAGCGAUCUUUUUAGCAGACGGAAAUAUUUUCACCACUGGAUUCAGCCGCAUGAGCGAACGCCAACUGGCCCUGUGGAAAACUGACAACAUGGAUGAGCCAAUAUGUGUUCAAGAAAUGGACUCCAGUAAUGGGGUCCUGCUGCCCUUCUAUGACCCCGACACCAGCGUUGUUUACCUGUGUGGAAAGGGCGACAGCAGCAUUCGGUACUUUGAGAUCACUGACGAGGCUCCGUAUGUUCACUACCUCAGCACCUUUUCCACCAAGGAGCCCCAGAGAGGCAUGGGAUACAUGCCCAAAAGAGGCCUGGAUGUCAACAAAUGUGAAAUUGCAAGGUUUUACAAAUUACACGAGAGAAAAUGCGAACCCAUCAUCAUGACAGUCCCACGUAAGUCGGAUCUCUUCCAGGAUGACCUGUAUCCCGACACAGCCGGCCCUGAUCCCGCCCUGGAAGGGGAGGAGUGGUUCGCUGGGAAGAACGGCGGCCCUCUCCUGAUCUCACUCAAGGAUGGCUAUGUCUCCACAAAGAACCGGGAUCUGAAGGUGGUGAAGACAAACGCCCUGGAGACCAAGCCAGUCACAAAAGCAGAAACCACCCCCACUGUCCAGAAGCACGUUUCUCCACAGCCCUCAGUCAAAAUGGAACAGAAAAUGGAAGAUAAACUGGAAGAAGUCCUCCGAGAGUUUAAGUCACUCAGGGACCGCGUCAUCCUCCAAGACCGUCGGAUCGCCAGACUGGAAGAUCAGGUGUCAAAGGUUUCCAUGUAAGACGCCGCCCCCUUUGCUGUUUUUGGAGAGGAACCGAAUGGUCGGGGUCAGUCAUGGCCAAAUCCUUAAGAUUCGGCUUUCGGCUUGGUGUCAUCCCGCGAUGAGACCAAGCCAUACAUUCCAAGAUGAACUUUAUUUUUUUUCCUCAUCAAGUCUCCCAUUUCACACUUUGCCCCGACACACACACUGAGAAAAGGAAAAACUCUCCCAGCUCGCGUACACUUCUGAAGAAAAGACAUUUUUGUUUUAAGGGUAAAGUCUUAACUUCUUUUUUUAAAUUGUGGUAAAACAUUCUUAUGUGAAGUUUGUACUUACUACUCAAAAACUUGUAGCAUCAGUAUUUCCAUUGUUAUUUUUCGUGUUGCCAAAUAUGAGUCGUGUGCGGUUUCAUGCACUGCUUUUACAUUUAUUUUUUCUCCUGUUGUACAUUCCAGUCCCAACCUGAUAGAUUGGUUUAGUGAAGCUGGAUUGUUUUAGCUGUUGAACUUUUUUCCUCCCUACAGUUCGCUCAUUGACAACCAUCAGUUUUAUGAAUGUGGAGGAAUUAUUUUAUGACGUUUUGUCCCUGGUCUUCUGGGCUUCAAAUUUAACAUUGGGUUUUAUUUGGGAGGGGAGGGUUGCAUCUAUAUGGUGUAAUUGUUGUGCAAAAUGUAGUGGUGCCUCUUGUCACUGUUGUGGGUCAAACUGAAGUUGCCCUCUGCAGUGCAUAUGUGGUUUUGGGAAGGGACCACUCACCCAGCUUGUGUUUCACUGAACCCCUGACAAACAGUUCUGUGCACAUAAUAAAGAUUUUAC